GAGACCUCCGCACACACACCUGAAAAACCUCUGAACAUACGCAUGAGAGUAACUGACAAAUUGAUCACUUGUCAGUUUCCCCUGUCUCGACCCAAUUCUCAGACAUAAAUCAAUGACCCACUGGCUCGACCUUCUGCUCGACCUCCAAACUCUUAUGCAGACCGACCUAUGACCUACGAACCUUAAGCUGUAACUAACCAAAUAUCUUUGACCUCCGUCUUUCACCACCUUGAAGGCACAAGGGACAGGUUACUUCAACAAUCAAGAAUUCCCCUAGUCAGAAGAAGGAAGAAAAUUACAAUUGGCAGCUUCUUAGUUGAACUCAGCUCCUCACAGGAAGAGGAAAGAGAAACUACAAGUUCAUUUUUUCUUCAUCGUUCCCACUCCUGCUCAGAGAAAAAGCUUCCAAACAGAGCCAACAAGAACGAAAGGACAGAUAAGUCCUAGCAGAAGUUCUGAAAUGGAAGAAAUGGAGAAUGGGACAAUAGAUCCUGCCUGCACUGUAACUAAACCUCCCCUCGCUCAGGACAUUUUACGGAGCCUUGAUCUAACAGGUAUAUUUCUCUUUGCAAUCUUGACACUGAUGACACUAACAGCCAACCUGGUGUUUGUAGAGGAAGUGUGCUAUAUCUACAAGAAAAUCCCCUCCUCCAAAAGGUCCAUUUUUAUUUGGAUAAAUGCUGCAGCUCCGGUGAUAGCUACUACAUCAUGCAUUGGAAUGUGGAUUCCUCGCUCCACAAUGUUUACAGAUUUCACUGCAGCAGUCUUUUUUGCCAUUGUCAUCCACAAGUUCCUGCUUAUGAUGAUUAAAGAGUGUGGAGGCCAAAAGUUAUUUCUCAGGCGGUUUGAGAACGAUCGUUUCAAGAUCAGCACAGGUCCCUUCUGUUGCUGUUGCCUUUGCCUUCCUCAUGUACGCGUCACUAGAAAAACCCUGUUUUUGCUGAAGUUGGGAACCUUUCAAUUAGCUUUCCUUCGACCUGUGCUAAUGUUCUUAUCAAUAGUGCUUUGGACAAAUGACAUCUACAACCCUUCUGAUUUAUCUCCCAAAGGAGCUGCAAUAUGGAUUAACUGCUUCAUUGGGGUCAUUACAAUUAUUGCUCUGUGGCCGAUUGGAAUCAUGUUUCAAAGAGUUAGGGUUCUCCUAAAUUGUAAGAAGAUCAUCCCUAAAUUUGCACUUUAUCAGUUCAUCCUCAUUCUGAGCCAGCUCCAGGCAGCUAUCAUCAGUAUUUUGGCCACACAAAGAAUUAUUCCUUGUGCACCACCACUCCCCGCUUCAGCCAGAGCAGCUUAUAUGAAUCAACAGCUCCUUAUCAUGGAAAUGUUUCUGAUAACUCUGAUCUCCAGGGUGGUCUAUAGGAAAAGAUACAAUGACCUGGAACUUCCAGAAUGUACUAACCAGGAAACUAUGGGUGACAAACCAACCGCCAAAGUCAACCUGAAUGGGCAAGUUAUUGGAGAUGGGUCCAUAAAGGUUUAAAACGGUGGAUGUGCUCCUGUCUUAUGAGAGCUGGACAAUGCUUGUAGUCCUGCCUCAGUUUAUCCUGGGAUUGGUCAGAAUCGUAACCAGUGUCCAUGCACUACUUGGGGAGAUGCCAUUGCAGCUUUUAUAUCUUUGUAUUGAAAAUAGCAGAUCUUCAUGUUGAAACAACUCUGGCAAAUACAUUUGACCUAUGCAGGAAGGACCAAAAAGUGGAAACAUAUCCCUUUCCUUAUCUUCCAGAGAUAAAAAGAGUGCAGGUUUUCAGUCUCUAUAUCAUUUCCUAUUGUUUGAUCACCAUCAGCUUGAUUAAAUUAUUCAGUUUAGCUAUGAACUGAUACAAGACAUUGUUACACAGUAAAUAUUCAUGCGAAGAGCCAACAAUUGUUAAUACAGGUUUAUUCUCCUUUCAUGUCUUUUGUUUUUUUCCCUCGUCACAUGUGGCUUGGAAUACUCUCUCUUUGUCUCUAUCUGAUUUUCCAGUAUAUUGGGUGCCUUGCUUUCUCCUUUCACAUCCAUCCUCAAUUCUUACUAUUUCUAGCAAGAUUACAAUAGCUAAUGGACCUUAUUAAAUGCACUGCCACACACACAUACUAUAAAACCUCAACAAAACCUGCUUAUAUUGUCCACCUACAUAGUUACCAAGCUCUUGGGAAGGGAGAGCUGUCAUUUUAUCUGCAACUCUUCCAUCUGUGAACAAAUUGUCACCAUUCACAAAUAUUCAGAAGUCACUAAUUGCAGAUGGUAGUGUGGUCUGGUGAAUUGGCCACUUGACUGGGAGGCAGAAGAUGAGGGUUCUGCUGUUUGCUGUGCCACUGAUCUGAGAUAUCAUGCUGGGCCUCAGUUUCUUCAUCUACAAAACGGGAAUAAUGACAUUUUGUGAAAUGUUUGAGACCUUUGUGUAAAAAUGUUACUUUAUAAUAAAUAUAGAUAGAGCAGGUCCCUUUCGCAAAACCCCCUCCAAAAAACCUGAACCAGCCUGAAAAUUAACGGGACAUAGAUAUUUAUUAGAAUCUUUAGGCCAAAUUAUUUUAUCAUUUAAAUCUGCCAGUUAACCACAUUAAAAUAAGGUUCCUUUUUUUUACAAGGAAUCUUUAGAAACCAGGGUUUUUGGAAGAAGCUAAUGGCUCCAUUUUGAUUCAGUGUAAGUUCUGACAUGAUUAACAUUUAAAAAGUGUCAGGCUUCAUGUUUGUCAGGAAUUCAGAGACAGCACUUUGCACUAAAACUCAGUCUGAGCUUGCUCUGAUUUUUGAGAAAUCUGUUUCAUUCAAACUGGACAUUAAUGCUUUGGCCAUGUCAGCAAUAGGGAAAUGUACCAUGUUAACUAAUAUGUCUUAUUAUAUGAUGUACAACUGAGCCUCUAGUAAAAUUUAGCAAAUGGUUCCUUUUUUGGUUAUUGUCAAUUCAAAAUCUUUUUUGUUUUCAUUUUGGGUUGAAUUGAAUUUUUUUUUUUUUACAAAAAAUCUAGGUUAAUCAAAAGGUUAUUUUUGGGUCAAAAAUUUUGGAUCAAAAUUUGUUUUUUAAUCUUUUAAGAUUUAAAAAACAAUUAAAUGAAAUUUCCAAAUGAAAAGUUGUUUCAGUAUUUUCAGAAUAUUUUAAGCACGUUUUCCUAAAUGAACAGUUUGACAAACUAAAACACAAUUACAAAAUAUUUCAAUGUUGCUGAAUCUGCAAGUUUCUUCAGUAAUGAAGUUUUGGUUGAAAGCUUUCAUUCAACACUAGAAUCUCCUACUAGGUUUAAUUUUGUUUGACUAACACAUUUUAAACAUUUAUGCAUAUUAUGUUCAGAAGUAUGUUAAAUAUAUCUGUGAACAUUUUUUUAACAAGAUGUAUUUUCACCAUAGGAAGAGCCACAGGUAUGUACCUGCAUACAUAGGCAAUAAUGCUCCCAUGUCUGUAAUGUAAUACUUAUCCAUGUAGGAUAAUAUUUGAUAGUGUUUAUACAAUGGGUUGGGCAAGUGAAUGGCUGGAACUGUGGGGGAAAUUAAAUAUUGGGAAAAUUGACUAUCUAGAGUCCACAAUGUGCUCCUGACAUAUGGGAAACAGUUUAAUUGUUACUGUUGAUCAAAGAAAGUGUGAUUUAAAAAAAAAGGUUUUGGAAAUUAUAGCAAAAAUUGUGGGGGGUUUGUACGUUAAAUUAAAUAUCUUUCAAUAUUUGUUCAGUGGAACCCAUUGUUUAUAAUUGUUGCAAAAAAUGAAUCAAGCUUCUAAUAUCACUAGGUUUUAAUAAUUUGAUCAAGUAUAAUAAACAGGUACAGAAACAGAACUAUUUUAGUUUUUCCCCAACACAGUUUAGGAGUGCUAUCUAAGCAAAGCAAUAAUUGACAUUGGACCUGCAUUUGAUGUACCUACUAUGUGGACAAAAGGUUUCAUUUCCCAUUUGGCAUCUGUCACAUCACUGAAACAUUUAUUAAAAUGUAUUUUAAAACAAUCAGUGUGAACAUAGCUUAAUCAUGUGUGUCACUUUAGCUAUUAUGCUUUUAGGGAGAUAUUUAAUGCUCGUACUUACUAGUCAUCUGUCAUAUUUGAGCAGGAAAAUGUAAUGGUCAGGUAAUGAUUGGCAGGCAGACUUUUCAGCUGUCAGCUAAGAAGACACUUCUGAUACACUCUUUCCAGUCACUAAGGUCCCAAUUAUGAAAGCAAAUGAUUAUAUAGAACCCUAUACUUAUAUACAAAAAUAUAUAGGGUUAUAGAUCUGGUUAUAAUAUUAAAUUUUAUAAUAUGAAAAAUAAAAAUGUGUAUGUUUAUAUAUGUGUGUGUGUAUGUGUAUACACACACAUAUGUUCCUUAUGUUUAUAUAUAAACAUAUAUAUAAAUAUAUUUUAUUUUUAACCUUUUAAAAAAUACUAUCCAAAAAACGUGAUGCAUUCUCUUAUUUUUGCAAUCUGGCUUUUCUCUCUCAAGUUUGACGCUGAGGUUUGUUUCCUUCUAACAUUCAGAGGUUCUUCCUCCUCAUUCUGGUAAUGAUCACUUUCCAACUACUAAAGACGUUGUGUUUUCAGUUGUGUAAUGUUAUGUGAUGUUAAAGGUUUACAAGUAAUACAAUAUCAAAGCUCACUAAGCUGGAAAGUGACUAAACUUCAAACUAUGAGUCAAAUUUUAUACAACUGCCAUAAAAUGAUACGUCUUGGAGGAGCUCGUGACCGUAUGCCAUGCAGACUUUAGAUAGGAUAAGGGAGGAUAAAGGUAUUUUAUGGUCCUUUUUGCAGUGAUAAAAACACCAUCCAAUUCAAACUAAUGCUGCGUAUAAAAAUGCGGGGGCCUCUGUUCAAAGGUUAAAAUAUCAUGGACAGUUCCAAACAAAGAGUGAGACUAAAGAGAAUAAUAUCAAUCAUAUGCUUUAUUCAUAAAAAACCACCAUCAUGGUGGCAGUGGCCCAUCUCAGACUUUCCUAUGCACUUCUCAGACUAUCCUAUGCACCGAGUAAGGCAGGGGAAUUGCAUCAAAAAAUAGCACAUGUUUAUGCCUGUAAAACUGUAAUACAAUGCAAGGGCUUUAAGUGGGAGGGGUGAAUAAGGAGUACAACCUUAUUUUUGGCACUUUUAAAGUUUUGGAUGCUUUUCCCAUAGAUUUUUAUGUUUAAAUUAGAUUGGCUAAAUUUUAAAAAGAGGGACAAAAAAAAAUCCAUCAUGUGAAGCUGUAUUGAAUCCCACCUGGUUCAUUACCAGAAUUAAAACCAUUUAGCUCCACCCACCAAAACCUCUGCCACUGGAAACAACAAUUACCUGCUAAUAAUAGCAGGUUGUCAUUUUCUCCUCUAAUAUAGAUAUUAUAAAUUCUGAAGGGAAUGUGUUCUAAUGGUUUGGGACCUUUCCAACUUGGGUCCUCUAGUCUGUCCCAGUUUUUUUUUCCCCAGUGUGUAAUGCAGGGUUGUAUCUAAGGAGUUGUGGUUGAACACUUGGAGAUGUACUAGAUCAUAGAAACUGAAUGAGUGGCUCCAUUAUUGCUGCUGAGCUGACAAACAAGAACAAAAGGACUGAAGGAAUGGAAGCACAUGGUAACUGAUCGACUGAUCACGAUAACCAAGAGCAGUAGAUUUUGAUCAACUGAUGAGGAAAUCAUCUACCAAAGGGGAAUGGAACUUAUAAGACCACUGGUCUCUCAUUGGCCACUUUAAAGAGGAGGAAGAAAAGAGGGUAGAGGAAGUCCAUCUUCCAGAGGAAAAGCCAUGCUUAUGAGUGCUUGGAGAGGAAAACUGUCAACACCCAAGACAAGCCUGACCUAUUCCCAGUGAACGUUGGAGAGUGGUGAGGAAACUGAGGCAGGGAAAUGUGUACAGUUGUUUACUUUGUUUUGUCUAUAUGUGUACAUUUUUUGUGCUGUCUACCAUGAAAAAUUAUUUUGAUCUUGAGUCUUUUGCCACAUCUGAAUGUUAUUUGCUUCAGCUUUCACAUGGAGAGUGUUGCCAGACUUGACUAUUUUCCAGGGAUUCAGGCUAAACUGCAGGGCUGGGGAUACAACAAAGCAUCCUGACAGUGUUCUUGAAUGAUGCCGAAGUAAAUCUUUGCAGAUGUUACAACUGUUAUGUUCAGCAAAUGUACAAAAUAAUGAACAUGCCCAAGUAAACAAAAAGUGGAAUCAAGCAAAAGACUUAGCUGGGAACAGCCUGCAAGAGGGCCCUGAAAUAAAUAACCCAGAUGAAGCAGAUUUGUAGUUUUGGUAUGAGAACUGUAGCAUAAGUAAUGACUGAUGUCAUCAGAAAUCUCAAACGUAGUUUAACAAAGGUCAUAUCUUUGUUAAUUUUUUUUUGUUAGAUAAGUUAGAGAAAUAAAAAGCAGCCUUGUCAGCGAAGGCCAUAAAAUAAUGAGAAAGAAAGAAGAAUCAAGAUAAGGAGAAAUUCUCCCUAUAGUUUCACAAUGAUAUAAUUGACUCCUAGAAAGACCAUGACAGAACUGGUCCUGUUUGGUUCCAGGGCUUCAGCAAGGCAAGGAGCAUUUGAAUUUACCAGUCAAAGAAGUUUGAUGGAAUGAAGUGUAUAGCUCCAUGGUCUUGAUCAGAGGGAAGUUCAGGAACCAAGUAAGUUGCCGGUAGGUUGGCCCAAGUUCUCCCUUGUGAAGAAAUGAUGCUACCCUGAAACGGACAGUUAUUGGCAUAUGUGUGUUGCUUGCACUUUGGAUGCAAAGAAUUAAAGGUUAUUGGUAGACCUGU